UUUGUGUUUAAACCAAGUCCAAAGAAGAGAAGGGUAUCUCCAGAAACAGCUGACUAUUUCAGAGAAGGAGACAAUGAUUCUGAGGACAGUGGGUUGCGAUUUGCUACUUGUCAGUCGUUAUGGAAACAGAUCAAAUCCCAAACAGAGCAAGUACAAGAAGACAUGAAUAAGCAGUUUUUUGAUAACCUAGUAAGUUUUCUGAGGCGAUCUCAUUGUGAGUUCCGAGAAAAGGCAACAGAAUGGACUUGUCGGACAAAAUCCAGAGAAAUCCCUACUGCAGCUCUUCUUUUAGGUGUAAAUGUUACAGAUCAUGACUUGACAUUUAAAAGCCUCUCAGAAGUCAUUCAGAAUAACAUUACUCCUUAUGUAGCCUCACUGCAAGCCAAAGAUUGCCCAGCCAUUAAAAAUCUGAUGCAGAAGUUGAUGGGGCAGUUGAUGAACUGCUGUGUAGAUGUGGACUCAUCGGAUGAGGAGGACUGUGCUCAGGUUUCCCAGAACAGAAUCCGUUGUUCGAUUACUUCUCUUAUCAGCUGGUAUGAGAAUAUAACAAAGAAAACAGAUUCUGAAACUCCAAGCAGAAAAAGAACAUCUUCUAGACACUUGCAGUUUCCUCCAGUUGUGGUCAUCUUCAAAGAUAUGGAAAGUUUCACCACAAAAGUACUUCAAGACUUCAUAGUCAUCAGCAGUCAACAUAUCCAUGAAUUACCUAUAAUACUGAUUUUUGGAAUUGCUACAUCUCCAAUGAUCAUCCACAGUUUGCUUCCUCACUCUAUUUCCUCUCUGCUGUGCAUAGAACUUUUCCAGUCCCUUUCCUGCAAGGAGCACCUGUCUACUAUAAUUGACAAGCUACUUCUAACAACUCAAUUUGCCUUUAAGCUGAGUGAGAAAGUUCUGCAGGUUCUCAUCAACAUAUUCUUGUACCAUGAUUUCUCUGUCCAGAAUUUUAUCAAGGGAUUUCAGCUCUGUAUUGUGGAACACUUCUAUUCCCAACCCCUUAGUGUACUGUGUUGUCAACUCUCAGAAGCUAAGAAGAGAGUAAAUUCUUUAUCACAUAGUCAGUGUGAAAAUAUUCGAAGACUGCCAUCUUUUAGAAGGUAUGUGGAAAGUCAGGAAUCAGAGAAACAAAUUGCCCUGCUGACAUCAGAUAACUUCUUAAAGGAAGCAGUACAGAAGUUACUGGAAGACUUGCAUGUUUACCACGAGAACUAUGUGCCGGUUCUGAGGUGCCUUCAUGUUUUCACAUCUUCUCUUCCAAAGUAUCCUUUGGGCAAACAGAUCAGGGAGCUGCACUGUGCAUGUUUGGAAAGCAGAGUGUGGGAGACAGAGGACUAUGAGUCAUCUCUUCAGCUAGCAAGGAUGUUGAAUAAGUCUGACUUGGUAACCAUGCUUCAGAAAUGUGUGGAGAUUUUUGUGUCAUCUUCUGGAAAAGACUUUGAUAAGGUGGUAGAGAAGUUGAAGGACUUCUUAGCCCAGUUUCAGAAACUGGAAGGAGUUUGCCAAGAACAAGAGGAAUCCAUAUCAUCACAAAAGGAGCUCCAGAAGAAGACAGACCUGUAUCACCUGCAGAAGACCUUGCUGGAGUUGAAGGAAUCAAGGAGAUCUAAGAAAAUGACAAAGUUUGAAAUGCUUCGUUUUGAAGUUGUUGACUUUAUAGACAGUCUUGUAAGAAAUUACCUUGUCCCUGCAGACCACAAGACUCUGCAUGAGAUAAUGUAUUUCAACACAGCCAGUGCUGUGCGGGAGCACCUGAACGCUGCCCCGCGGAUUGCCCUUCACACGGCUUUGAAUAACCCCUACUGCUACUUGAAGAAUCAAGCUUCGAAGAGUGACGGAGGAUCCAUUUCCAAUAAAGCCCCCGACGUCUGCAUCGCGUACAAGCUGCACUUGGAGUGUGGCAGGUUGAUCAACCUCGUUGACUGGCUGGAGGCCUUCUCAACUGUGGUGACGGCAGUUGAGGGACCAAAUGGAGAUGCAGCUGUCUCGGACCAAGUGGAUGACGUUAUCCAUGCUCGUUUCAUUCGAGCCGUUUCGGAACUGGAGCUCCUGGGCUUCAUCAAGCCCAGCAAACAGAAAACGGAUCACGUGGCACGGCUGACAUGGGGAGGCUGUUAGGUGGCCAAGCCAAGGAAG